AUGGUGGGUCCUGGAGGGGUGGGGGGCUCCGGGGGGCUCCUCUCGGCCGCCCGUCUGGGCUGCCGAGUGCAAGAGGAGGACGUGGGGCGGAGAGAGACCUUCAGUGCUGAGUGGUUGGACCUGGAGCUCCGGUCCCGGCCCGAGGACGGGUGGUGCCGGCGGGAGGCGGACACGCAGCGCCGGGAGUCGCUGGAGCAGCGCGGGGCCGUGCGGGUGCUGGAGCAGCGCUCGCCCUUGGGGCUGCUGCGGGUGGGGGUCCUGGGGCAGCCCCUGACCCAGCACCUCCUGCCCUACGCCCGCACCUUCCCCGUGCCCCUCUUCGCCCCCUCAGACCUCCGCGGGGCCAAGGGGGGCAUCCCCCGCACCCUCUCCCGAUCUCUCUCCCACGAAGCCCAGCGGGGGGGG